AUGAGGAGCACCAAUAGUUACUCCUUUUCGAUUCUCCUAUCUUUUCUAAUUCUACCCAUCCUUUGUUCGAGGUCUUGCAGACUGGAAUGUGGAGACAUCCAGAUCCCGUUCCCCUUUGGUUGCUAUCUCGACGAGUGGUACAAAAUCGACAGUCAAACAAAUGCUACUUCAGGGAAAAAGUUUCCGCAAGAUCAACAUGGAGGUUGUGAAGAUUUCCCUUCCGUCCAGCGGAAGGUUUACUGGUGA